AUGGAUAAAAGUGGAUGGUUACACGUGCGGACCAAGCGCAAGGUGAGUGUGCCGUCCGCGUGGUCGCAACAGUCGUUUCUAACUCAGUCGUGGAAAAAACAGUGGGUGGUGGUGCGGGCCCAGGCGCUGUCCGUGUACAAGGACGAGCGGGAAUACGAGCCGGUGCGGGUGAUUCCGGCGGAGGAAAUCAUGUCGGUGGCGCUGCUGGAGGAUGUCAACUUCGCCGUCUUCACGUCGUCCAUCAACCACCACUUCAAGAGCGACUCCCGCGCGGAGGCCGAAUCGUGGGUGGCCCAGCUCAAGGAGGUGGGAAAGCGAGCGGCAGACAAUGUCGUGGACGCCCAGAAACGCGAACGGGCAGCGUCCACCGCCAAGGGCCACGUGGAAAUCCCCAUCGUCGUGGAUACCGCCCUGGUGUCGUCGCCCCAUUCCCAGCUCCACUCGUACUCCAACCACCCCCAUAGCCCCCACAUGGACGCCGCCACACACUCGCACACCGAGUACAGCGGCGACGACGUCUUUUCGUCGCAGAGCGAGUGGGACGAAGACAAGUCGCCGCUGUCCAAAAGCCCAAUUGGCGAGUUUCAGCAUUUCCACGACUCGUUUGUCCCCACAGACCCCAAGACCAAACCCCCCAAGAUCUCCACAAACAGCCCCCCUCAUUCGUCGGACCCCUCGCCAACCUCUCCCACGUCCCCGAGCCCGUCCAAGAGCUCUCUGAUCGCCGAGGGCCCGCUACUUCGGCUCAAAAAACGAUACAACCAGUGGCAGCGACAGUAUGCGGUUCUGACGGUGGACUCGCUGAGCUUCUACAAGUCGCAGAACUCGGCCCACCAACACAAGAAGCCCAUCAAGACGAUUGCCGUGGACCAGCUUUUGGACGUGGUUGAGCUUGAUCCGCUGUCCAAGUCCAAGCCGUACUGCAUGCAGCUCAUCACGCCGGCCAAACGCAUCCGGUUUUCGUUGGACUCGGAACCCGAUCUUACAAAGUGGCUUGUGGCGAUAAAGAGUAUUGCCAAGGAGGAUUUUACAAAGGGCGACUGCAAGGAUGGUCACUGA